CGAUUUUCCCACCACCGUGGGAUUUAGGUUUCAUAUAUAAACUCCAGACGACCGCAGUAACAGUAUCACAAUCAGUCUUUCCUUCGUUUGACUAACAAUAUCGUGCCAAUACAUAUAUAUAUAUAUAUUCAAACAAACAUGGGUUCCAUAACUCCUCUGAUAACUAUCGCGUGUUUGGUCGGCUUGACGUCAUUUGGUGCGGCCAAAUUGAGCGAUAACGAAGUAGCAGAAGGAGUCAUAAAGCACACGCACUACCAUACCGGUGACGUGGAACACGCGCACAAACACGACGGCGAGGCACACCACGAACACCACCACAAGGGAAGCGCCGAGCACGCCCAUCACCAUGGAGGAGAAUUCGGACACGGACAUCAUCACGGCGGAGAAUUCGGCCACGGACAUCAACACCACGGUAGCGCCGACCACAAGCAUCACCACGGCGGUGAGUUUGGUCACGGACACAAGCACCACGGUAGCGCGGAACACAAACAUCACCACGGCGGAGAAUUCGGACACGGACAUCACCACGGCGGUAAAUUCGGACACGGACAUCAACACCACGGUAGCGCAGCACACAAGCAUCACCAUCACGGAAGCGCCGACCACAAGCAUCACCACGGCGGAGAAUUCGGACACGGACACGAACAUCACGGAAGCGCCGAGCACAAGCAUCACCACGGUGGAGACUUCGGACACGGACACCACCACGGCGGAGAAUUCGGUCACGGACACAAGCACCACGGUGCCGCUGAACACAAACAUCAUCACGGCGGAGAGUUCGGACACGGACACCACCACGGCGGUAAAUUCGGACACGGACACGAACAUCACGGAAGCGCCGCUCACAAACAUCAUCACGGCGGAGAAUUCGGACACGGACACAAGCACCACGGUGCCGCUGAACACAAACAUCAUCACGGCGGAGAAUUCGGACACGGACAUCACCAUGGAGGCAAAUUCGGACACGGACAUCAACAUCACGGUAGCGCAGCUCACAAGCAUCACCAUCACGGAAGCGCCGACCACAAGCAUCACCACGGCGGAGAAUUCGGACACGGACACGAACAUCACGGAAGCGCCGAGCACGCACAUCACCACGGCGGUGAGUUCGGACACGGACACCACCACGGUGGCAAAUUCGGACACGGACACGAACAUCACGGAAGCGCCGCGCACAAGCACCACCACGGUGGCAAGUUCGGACACGGACACAAGCACGGAGGUAGUGCCGAACACGCUCACCAACAUCACGGCAAGGCCGCUCACGGUCACCACCACGCCGGUCACUCCAAACACCACCACAAGCACACCGUCUAAUUCAACGUCAUCCGACGAAGACGACCGCGAUCACCAGUCGCACCUUACCGCCGUAUAAACGACCCCGCAAGGACAAAGGAUACGAAGUCGGCACUCGUCUUCAACUCCUGCCCCCAUCUUCUACCCCGCUGCAUUUGGUAUUGACUUUAUGAAUACGGUAAAGGUUAUGGGGUUCUUCGAAUACUUGUUUUCAAAGUUUCCAUCUCCGACUCAUCUCGUCUUAUAUCUCCAGUCUCUCUAUCUUUAACUCCUUUCUCGUGUGCUUCUUUCACUUUAUCUACGUCUCCCUUUUUCGUCGGCGGCGUCAGAUGUCUCUGAGGUUGUCAAUUAUUAUUGUUACCGCCGCCGUCAGGGUUGCUGUUGCUGUACUGAAAGUACCUUCUCCAUACUAAUUUCGGUAUUCCUAAAUACAGUAAUGUAUGAACUGUUGUUACUACUUGUAUAACUUAUAUAUUUGUUCUGUGAUAAUUUUAAGUACUCAUUUGUAAUGAUUUAUUUUUAUUAUUACUUAUCGUUGUAAUCGGGUCUUUUUAUACGUAUAUAUUAGUACUAUUCUAUAAUAAUAUGUUAUUUCAGUUUAGGAUAGACUAAUCAAAAUUGGCGGUGUAGCUUCCGGUUUCUUAUAUUGUUAUAUUAUAUAAACAUUGUAUUUUAUCGUAUAGGUACAUAUUUACGUAUACAAUAUUGUAAUGUUUUAUUAUUGUUACCAAUGUCAAGUUGUUUUGUUAU